AUGGGUAGCAUGAAACCCUUGUGGCGCGAUGUCGCCGCCCAACGCCGACACGAAAUCAAUCGCAAGAUCCCCAACGAAUGGCUUGUUCCAGAGCACCUGCUCGAGACUCACCCUGCGAUGGCACUUCCACACGUCUCGGGGAUUUUGACGCCCUGGGAGCUGCAAGUCACUGAGAUGCGCGCCGUCGACAUCCUGGCUGGGAUCCGAGAGCGAAGGUUUACUUCGGUAGAUGUGACGAGGGCGUUCUGUAAGAGGGCGGUCAUUGCUCAUCAAGCGACAAAUUGCAUUGCGGAAGUAUUGUUCGAGGAAGCACUGGCACAAGCUGCAGAACUGGAUGAAUACCUGCGCAUCCACGGUAAAACCAAAGGAAUGCUGCACGGUCUGCCGAUAUCGGUGAAAGAGCAUAUCUUCGUCCAAGGGACGACGGCAACUUCUGGUCUCAUCGCCUGGGCCAACCAGAUGAGUCCAGGCGAUGCACUGAUAGUGCAGACGUUCCGAGAGCAAGGCGCGGUCUUCCACGUCAAAACGACAAAUCCUCAAACCUUGAUGGCCAUUGAGACGGACUCGAAUCUUUUUGGUCGCACUCUCAAUCCCCACAAUCCGAGUCUGACCUGCGGUGGGAGUACUGGAGGUGAAGGAGCAUUGAUUGCGAUGGGUGGGAGCCCUCUGGGCAUCGGUACGGAUAUUGGUGGCUCCAUUCGUGUUCCCAGCGCAUUUUGUGGACUUUACGGCUUAAAACCUAGCGUUGGAAGAUUACCGCAUAGUGGGCUGUGCGGUCUUCACGAUGGGAUGCACAAUAUCAUCGGUGCAGUUGGCCCAAUGGCCAAGUGCCGUGAGGACCUUGAAUUGUUUUCUUCCGCGGCGCUUGCCAAUCGUCCUUGGGACCAUGAGCCGUCUCUGAUUGAGAUUCCCUGGAAAGAAAAUAUCCAGAUACCAGCCAAGCUCAAGUUUGCUGUCAUUCGGACAGAUGGAAUAGUCCAUCCACACCCUCCGGUCAUUAAUGCUCUUGAGGAAGUAGUCGCAACUUUGGAAGCUUCGGGUCAUACCAUUGUCGAUUGGGAUACUGGCCUCCACGAGGCUCUGAUCAACACCAUCAAUGAAACUUAUUUUCUGGACGGAGGGAAGGAGUACUGGGAGACUCUCGAGGCUGGUGGUGAGCCACCGGUGCAAAUGCUUGAAUGGAUUCUGAAAACCCACGCAAAGCGGUCCUAUUCAGUUGAAGAGACCUGGAAGGUAAAUUCACAGCUGGAUCUCCUGCGAACUAUGUACGCAAAACAAUGGAACGCAGCAGGCAUCGACGCUAUCAUCUGUCCAGCAGGCCCCACCGUGGCCUCUGUCCACGGAGAAAGUCGAUAUUGGGGAUAUACCAGUGUCUGGAACGCCCUUGACUAUUCUGCAGCCGUGGUACCCUGGAGGAAGGUUCUUCCUUCCGACACUUUGGUCAAUUCAGCGCAGCAACUCUCCGGGUCGAAUGCGGCCAAUGAUUGGUUCCAGGAGCGAUAUGGGCCUCAAGGAGCAGAUCGCUAUGUAAAUGCACCAGUUGGUGUCCAGGUUGUUUGUAGAAGGCUGCAAGAGGAGAGGCUGCUUCAGAUCGUUGCAAGCGUGGAGGCUUCAAUGUCUGCUGCAGCAAAUGGUAUUGAUAGAGGUGUGGUAUCUGAGUUGGAUUGUGCACAACGAGCUCUGGCAACUGAGCAGUCAUCACACAAGGACGGUAGUCUGUACAAGAUCACCACCCUAGAAGAUAAGGUAGCAGCAAUUGCGGCAUAG